AUGGCAGACACAUCAGUUGCAGAGCCUUCGGCGCCUGUCUUUGCGACGGAAGAGACGAUUGCGACACAGAAUGAAGCCUCAGAGACCACACAAGGAGACCAGCAGGUUCAACCAGCCCGGAAGACAAAGUUGAUCAGACGGAAGAAGAAGCCCGCGCGUAUCCAAGUUGACGCAUCCACACUCCAAACCGAAUCUCCAGCCCAGCCUGGUGCAGACUACAACAUCUGGUACAAUAAAGCAUCUGGAAACGAUGACGACAAAUACGGUCUCAACCAGCCGGCUCCUUACCGUGUGAACAUUGCCCGCGACUCGGGUUACACUCUCGCGGAUCGCAUAGUCGGAUCAUACUUCUGCGUUCACUUCGCUCGCGGUUCAUGCACACAGGGCCCUCAGUGCCAGUACCUCCACCGCCUACCUUCAAUCCAUGAUAUGUUUAACCCCAAUGUCGAUGUAUUCGGCCGUGAAAAGCAUUCAGACUACAAGGAGGACAUGAGCGGUGUUGGCAGCUUCAUGAGAGUCAACAGGACCUUGUAUGUGGGACGGUGCCAUGUGACUGAUGAUAUCGAGGAGGUUAUCUCCAGACACUUCCAAGAGUUCGGACAGAUCGACCGUAUCCGAGUGCUUACCGGUCGUGGUGUUGGGUUCGUCACAUACUCAACAGAGGGCAACGCCCAAUUCGCAAUGGAAGCAAUGGCACGACAAAGUCUAGACCAUGAAGAAAUUAUCAACGUACGCUGGGCAACGGUAGACCCGAAUCCAAUGGCACAGAAGCGCGAGGCCCGACGUCUGGAGGAGCAAGCCGCCGAGGCAGUUCGCCGAGCCCUUCCCGCCGCCUUCGUGGCUGAGAUCGAGGGCCGAGACCCCGAGGCCAAAAAGCGAAAGAAGAUUGAGGGAUCCUUCGGUCUCCAGGGCUACGAUGUCCCUGAUGAUGUGUGGCAUGCUCGGACUCGUCAAUUGGAAGAUGCAAACCAAGCUCAAUUGGAUGCGCCGCAGCAACCGCUCAUGAUCGAGUCAGCGUCUGAGUCGGCUUCUGUCCCUGCGCCGGUGGAGCAGCCACAGAGCAAUUCGAUCUUCUCUAGCUCUGCUAUUUCGGCACUACGGGGCUUGAAUGGAUCGGUGAAGACUCAGGCUGCUCCUAAGGCUGCUGGUGGGCCACUGGUUGCUUAUGGAAGUGACGACGAGAGCGACUGA